UGUUGAUCCUAACUUCCCUCACCACUUACCACCCCAUUUUUAUUUUAAAAACUCUCACUCUCCCUCCUCAUUCAAUUCCAAUCUGACCAUCUUAUUUAACAUGAAUCUAUAACAUUUAUAACUCCUUCCUACUUUCAUAUUCAAAAAUCAAUACAAUACCCCUUUUUUUCUCUACUUUUUUUUAAGCCCAUUUCAAAAACCAUAUCUACAACAAUGGGAAGAAAGCUCCCAUUUUUUCCUACUUGUGGAAGUCCUAGUAAAACUCUCUCUUUUCGUGCCGCCACCGCCAUGGUCGGAAAUCUUGAAAAUGAAGAAGAUAUGGAGUCCAUGAUUAAAGGGGUUUGUAGUGAUAGGUUCUUUUUCAAGCCAGGUCAAACAAGUUCCAUACUUGAAGAAGGAAAGUUAAAAGAAAGUAAAAAAGAGAAUGGAAAAGAAAAAGAAAAAGAAAAAGAAAGUGACUUGCCAUAUAAAGAAAGUAGUGUGUCAAUGAUGGAGAUGGAGUCAACUGACCCAUUUCUUGACUUCAAAAAGUCAAUGCAAGAAAUGGUGGAAGCUGAUGAAGGGUUAAAAAGUUGGGACAAUCUUCAAGAGCUUUUGAGUUUGUAUCUUGCAGUAAAUGAUAAAAUUAACCAUGGUUAUAUCAUUGGUGCUUUUGUUGACUUAUUGGUGGUCAAUAAUCUUGACUCAUCAUCUUCAUUAUCAUCUUCUUCAUCAUCAUCAUCAUUAAUCAUUAAUGACCAUGAACAAUCUAGUAUUAGCAAGAAGAAAAUGAUAAUUAGUAGUAGUAAGUCAUCAUCACCAGAAUCUACUUUAUUAUUUACAUCAUCAUCAGCAGCAUCUUCUUCUGGAACUUGUUCAAGUACAAGUCAUUGUUUGUCAUCUUGUUCAUUAGAAGAUGAAGAAGAAAACCAUGAAGAUCAUAAUAGUCCUCAAAAAGCAAUAGGUUCAGAUUAUGAUGCUUCUUCUUUAUAUGUAUGAUUUUUUUUUAUUAAUUUCUAUCUAUGGUAAGAUAUGUAUAUCACUAAUUUUAGUAAUGAUAGUGAGAUUUAUCUCUAACUUCUACUA